CCUGCCGAAACAAUAAACGACUCUGGGCAGCAGGACAAAUCGUUGAGAAUACAGUAUCGCAUCUUAUGAUUCUGUAAAUGAUAGUUUAGUGUCUUUGUAUCUAUUUAUAAAAUCUUCGAAUUGUUUUCGAAAUGAGCUUCGUCAGGGCAGGUCAUUUUAACCUCACGUAGACUAUUUGAUACAGAAUUGCGAAUCCUCGUUAGCAACUGUUAGCAAGGUGAGAGACGCUAGCUGUAGUAAGGUUAGCUAACGUAUGUGGAAACCCCGUAGAUAAUCACAAAAGAAGUUAAGGAGAAGCUUUUAUAAAUUACGGACCUCUUACCGGUCAGCUGUUGGCUAUUUAUGUGUGACAGGUGUUAGUCAACAAGGCCACCAACCGGCGAAGUCCAAUGUGUUUCGUGUUUGGUUGAAGUAGAAGCUAUCAAGAAAGCACCAAGUUAGCUUAGCUGCUACGUAAACGUCAACAUUCACCAAACUGGACAAAACUUUGGAUUUAGUCGGGUAUAAAUCGGGUUCGGCGGGUUCGCUGACCCCUCAGAAGAAAAUGAAGAAGAGGAAGGAGUUGAAUGCCCUGAUCGGACUCGGAGACAGCAAGAGGAAGAAGACCAAAAAGGGGUCCGGUCACCGGCUUCUCCGAACCGAGCCGCCGGACUCUGAGUCCGACUCGAGCUCGGACGAUGACGAGUUCAACAACCUCAGCAGUGGAGCUAGUUUUGGGAAGAGGAGCUACACACAGUGCUGCAAUGUGUGCUACCCCUUGUUUCUGUUCAUCAUACUAGCUGCCUGUGUUAUGGCCUGUGCUGGGCUCAUAUGGAUGCAGAUUGCCCUGAAAGAAGACCUGGAUGCACUGAAAGAAAAGCUGCAUAGCAUGGAAUCCAGCCAAAAGGUGUCAUCAAGUGAAAUACCAAAACUAAGUGAAGACCUGAAAAGCAAGGAGAGAAAGCUUGACGACAUAGAGACUGGGGACAAGGGGUUGAGCAAGCUCUGGUCCAACCUAACAGAAAUAAAUAGAAAGAUCAGUUUGCUGGACACAGCUGUGAACCAUUUGAAGGCCAACUUGAAAUCUGCUGCUGAUUUAGUCAGUCUUCCAAAUACAGUGGAAGAGCUUCAAAAGAGUGUUGCUACGAUUGGCAGCACAUUAACAAGUGUGCAGCAUGAUGUGAAGACAAUGCAGACAGCUCUUGAAAAGAAAGAUGACGACUUGAAAAAGACAGUGGACAUAUCAGACCUUAAAACUGCACUGAGUGAGACAAAUAAGACAGAGGAGCUUCACCAUACACAGACUAAUGAGCAGAUCCAAAUCCUCCUUACAACGGUUGCAGAACUCCACCAGAGAGUGUCAUCAUUAGAGAACGGGUCGAAGCAAAGUGUGCAAUAUCAUGAAGAAGCAGCUAAAUCAGCCGUCAGCACUGAAACGCCAGAAAGCCAGGAGGUGAACGAAGCUACGACAACCAAAGCCACUCCCGGGAAUAUACAAGAGAUUUCCACACCACUUGCACAGCCACAGAUGAGCAGACAUCCUCACUUCUUAACUCCAACGCGCUCUAAGAUAAUUACUGGGACAGCAUGCCCAGAGUCUGUGCGCCUGCCUGGUGUCAGUUCUCUGAAAGACUUGGAAAAUAUUUUCCAGCAGGCAGGUAUUGCAGAAAAUUCCCCAGGAAUUACCUACCAAGGCCUGAUGAAAGCAUUUGGAACAUCAACUCCCAGUGCUCGCAUCAUGCAGUGUUUUGACAAAGACAUGGACCAGAGAUACUCCCUGAAGGAACUGAGAGCUGCCAUAGGUUUGUGAGCACAUCAUCACUGACAGCAGUGAACAGUAUUGAACACCCAGCAGAGGUGUGUGGGCUCUGAGAUCCCGACCCUUUUCUGUAAUUGCUGCACUUUUGUGGACUGAAUAUUUAUCAAACUGAUUGUGGAAAGUGGCGCUGGCAUGCCCCCUCCUCACUUCUUCUCCCCAGUCCAUUUUAGCACAACCACAACGCUUUAAUUUUAAAUCUAACCUAUAUGAGUAUCUAUAUGCAGAAUAUUCCUCUUAUUUUAGCGUAUUCCAUGGCUUACAAUAAGGAGAUCAUGGGAUGUAGUCUUGUGAAUAUUUUUGAACUCUGUUUUCUACCUUUACUUGCUGUUUUUGUGCACCAUUUUUAUAUAUUUUCACAACCAGUUUGUCUCAUCCUCAUGUAGCAUAUUUUCCAGAUUUCUGUACAGUGUUGUUGUCAGUUUCCUGCAUAUUGCCCUAACCAUCAACAAAACCUGGUACAUCUCACGUGAACCUAGUUUAUAGAUACCAAGAUAACAUUUUAUGAAUGUUUACAAAUGACUACUAGAAGCAGAGUUUUUGUGUCUUUUGUUUUGUUUUUAGACUGAUUGCUUAUGUAACUGAAACAACACGAGUGAGCGAAAGAAUGGGCUUGUGUAUCUCUUUUCUUAGCUAAACAAAGUUUGACAUUUCUUUCUGUUGAGUGUUUAAAUGUCAUUUUUCAGUUAGUCUGCAUUUUGAUCUGGAUUAUGUGUUUGGUCAACUGUACUUCUAUCUGUAUUUUUGCUUGUUUUCUUGCAGUUUUACAAGUUUGAAGGGCUAUGAACACUUUCAGUCAUUCAGAAAGAAUCUCAGAAGUGGUCACACAUUAAGGCAUAUGUAGCAAUAACAAAAUAAAAAGCUAUUGCUUGUUAAAAGUUGCAGUAGACAGAAAGUGCACCUAGCUCACAAUGUGUAACAGGUAGUAUAAAAAGCACUGACCAUCACUCUUUACUUGAUUGAUUUUAUUCCAUUUUUAUGGGCCUAAUAAAGGUGUACCUAACAUUUAUAAUGUUAUUCUCAAACAUUAUUGUACUCUGUAAAAAGUUUAAAUGUAUUCUAAACAAAUGAUCUUGUGCAGGGCGUUGGGUUAGUCAAACUUGCUUUCGGUCUUAAUCUCAACAUUGUACAAUUUUUUUGAGUAAUUAUGUUGUGCUUUGCAUGUUGCUCAUAAUGUAACAUGAACAAAUAAUUUAUAAACCUAACAUAGUCAACUACUUCUUUUUGCAGGACAAUGGUUAGUUGAGCUCAAAAUGUAACAGCUUUGGCCAUCAUGAUGUAGAUUUUUGGAUCCAUGCUGCUACUGAAAGUGGGAGGUUUUAUGAAUGUGUUUUUGUGUGAGCACCAAUAAAUAAAAA